GCUUCGCCCAAAAAGACGCAGGAAGAGGGAGGGAGGCAGGAAAAGGAGGCGCGAGGAGGAGAGACCCAGCUGGAUCCGGCUAGUCCUGCACCCGCCGCCUCCCACAAUGGCGAAGCUGAUGCCCCGCCGCCGCAGCCCCGUUCUCCCCGACUCGCAGAUGCACCAGAAGCCGGUCAUUCAGAUGACUGGCGGCAAUAGCGACGAGAGGUUAGCCAUUGGCCGCCUUGUUGGUCUAAUCCCCUUUCUAAAGCAGCCCAGUUUGGCGGCCAUCUCUCUCAUGUUGUGACAGCGAAUUCGGUGGUUUUAAACGGGCUGAAGAGAUUCUUCCUAUUGUCUGUCCUGCAUCAUCCCCCCAACCUCCUAUCUUUCAGAUUUAAUGGAUUUAGUACCUGUAUUAUGAGAGAGAGAAACCCGCUCUCUUCUUUCUCCGCAUAUGAGGAGAGCCUUGCCGCAUCAGACGGAAGGUCCGUCUAGUUUAGCGUUCUCUACUGCGCUUAAUUUUAUACACCUAUUUGCUCGCCUCCCCCUAUCCUGGUAAAUGAGCCACAGCAGCAAGCAACUUAUUCCAACAACUUACAUCUUUUCCAUAACUCUCCC